CAAUAUUCAGCCCAUUUAGUAAAUUUCGAAACCCUACUUUGAGGGUUUUUAUUGACCUAAGUCUCAUACAUCUCUGAAUUCGUUCGGCGUUCCUCUCUUCUCUUCUGCAUCUUCACCAGCACAUCCAACUCCGGCGGUGCAACUUCGAUUCCAUGGCGCCAAAGAAGGAUAAGGCUCCUCCACCGUCUUCCAAGCCUGCCAAAUCUGGCGGAGGAAAGCAGAAGAAGAAGAAGUGGAGUAAGGGAAAGCAAAAGGAGAAGGUCAACAACAUGGUUUUGUUUGAUCAAGGAACUUAUGACAAGCUUCUUGUUGAAGUUCCCAAGUACAAACUUGUCACUCUUUCAAUCUUGUCCGAUAGAUUGAGGAUCAAUGGAUCUCUUGCAAGAAGAGCAAUCAAGGAUUUGAUGGCCAGAGGUCUCAUCAGAAUGGUGUCUGCUCAUGCCAGCCAGGAGAUUUACACAAGGGCUACCAAUACCUAAUUUCCCUUUCAUUAGUCUUUUGAGUUCGCCAUGAAUUAGCUUCUUUACUCUCUAGCUUUUGGCUUUUGGUUUCAAGGUCUCAUUCACAUGGAUGCUAUAAUUUUGCCAUUUUUGACUUGUGAUAUCUUUCUUGUUGAUCACUAUUUUUAUAUUUAUCAAUUUUAGACUUCUGAAAAUUUAGUUCAAAUUCACUUCUUUAAAGGCUUAA